CGGGCCCUAAAGAGAACCCAUUCACCUGAUUCACCCUUGUUUACAACACGUGCAUCGCCAUGGCGAUCGACGAGCGGCGCUUAAAUAAAUGCAUCUGCACGUCAAUGCACGUAAGUUUGUCGACCAGCUCGGUAUACCCCGUUUACAUAUUUUCCCGUAGGCAAAUAUAUCAAACGGACAUGGCAGCGAAGAAUUUACGCGAGAAAAAGCGUGAUUUCAAUCAGAACCUGAUCGAGCCGUCUCGCUCGUUCGAACAGUUGUGCAACAUGAUGAACAAAUUGGAAAAAGAUAGCAAUAUUGAAAUCGCGGAAUGCAAUCGAAUGGAUUUACUGGCCGUCGAUGUAAAAUACGAUGUCGAUCUCGAGCCAGCAAUGCGCAAGUACUCGGGACAAAUCGAACCGGAGAAAGAUGUUGCCACAGACAAAUGUGGGUCAAUUGCAACAACUUACGAUGAUAUAAUGUCCUUCUUAGGGACGCUAGAAAAUGAAGAUACGCCGGAGAGUGACGUAGCUGCCAAUAAUGCAACAAUUGUAAUCUCGUCCUGCCAAAAUCCUAGUAGGUACGAAGUGCAGAACCUCAGCUGUCAACGGGACGAUUUAGAGACCGCGAUAUUACAAAUCGAGGAGAAAAACGCGACGAUAGAGUGUUUGAAAAAUCAAUUAAAGUCCGAGCGCAAGGCGGCGUGCGAUAAAAUGACGUCGCAGAAACGCCAUCACGUUGUCAGGACGAAGGAGUUGGAGAACAAGUACCGGACGAUCGUGAAACGCCAUCAGAAGUUUAUCGAACAACUGCUCGCCGAGAAGGCGGAUCUCACGGAGAAAUGCGACUCCCUGGCGCGACAAAUUAAAGAGAUGGAACAGAAGAUCCAGCGAGACUUGAAAGUAAUUAGCGAGAGACACGCCGUCGAGUUGCAACGCGCGAAGGAGAACAUGGCAGCGUCCGAGAAGAUCCGGCGUGAACGAUGGCUGGAGAUGAAAACAUCAAAAAUCAAGGAAAUGACAAUAAAAGGGCUGGAGCCAGAAUUGCACAAUAUGAUGGAGCAACAUCAACAGGAGAUACAGGAGUUAAGACGCACGCAUAUAAAGGAGUUACAAGAUACGGAAUUGCGCGCGAUGCGUAGGUCGAAUCAGCAGCUGGAGCAAUUGCGAAUCGAGUUGACAGACAGCCAUGAGAAAAUGUUGGCCAAGGAGAAAGAUAUAUUGGCGGCUAGGUACAAAGAAAACCUGGAAGAGCAAGAAGCGCAUUUUCAGACGCAACAAAAGACAUUCGUGGAGCAUUUCGAAAGAGAGAAAUCGAUGCUCGUUGCAGAGCAAAAGAAACGCGACCGGAAAACAAGCGUGAUGAUACAACAAACGGAAUUACAUUUUCAGAAAGAAACGGAAAGAUUAAAAGAGCAACACGAAAUUGCUAAGAGGAAUUGCGAGGAAUCCUUGAGAAAAGAAUGGCUCGCGUGGGCGGAUAAUUAUAAAAAAGAACAAAGCGUGACUUUCACAAAAGCGGAGACUGCAAUUCGUAACAAUUGUCAAAAGGAGAGAGACAAGCAGAUAGAGCUCGCUAUAGUUAGACUGGAAAAAGAAUCUCGUGAAAUGCAAGCUAAACUGCAGCAAAGUUUCGAUAAUAAAUUGGAACUAAUGAAAGAAGAUUACGAUGCAAAAUUGCAAGCCGCAAUUAAAAGCGAGGGUAUUUAUAAAAAUAAAUUACUAUUAUUGGAAGAAAGAUUCAAAUGUACAGAAAUUCAGUUUGGAAAAACAGAAAACAAAUUAAAAGAAUGCAUAUCCAAUCUCAAUAAUAUGAAUGAGACGAUUGUAAGGUUGACUACAGAGAGAGACGAUGCAAAAAAGAUAGCAAGGAAGGAAAUUGAGACGGAAAAAAGAGAGUUGGAAGAUAAAAUCGCAUCGCUUUAUCAAGAAAUAACACAGAAUAACGUUAACAGAGAUCAACUUAUGGCACAAUUGCAUAGCAGAAUAAAAUUUAUAGUCACUCAAAAGGUUUUAAUUAUAAAGAAUCUCAAUAAAAAACUUGGUGACGCUAAUUCAAGAUGCGAACACUUGGAAAAAUUACUGGACCAACAAAGAAAGGAAUAUAUUUUGAAAACUUUGUAAAUAAUUUAUGAUUGCAUGUA